UUUAGAUAACAGAGGUGACUUCGUAAUACAUAUUACUUUUUAGUCAUAGGUGUUACGAUCAUAAGACUUGCACGACGUGAUCAGCAAAGAUAACAACGUUAACGGUUUCGGGGUGGAUAGUUUUAGUUCCGUUUUCUGUUUGAUGGUUUUUCUGUCCUCUUUUAUCACUGACUGCAGCGAGAAUAUAAAAUAUUGUUUUUUUGUAAUUGUGAAUUAGUGGAGUCCAGCCAAAACAAAAAAGGACGAAGAUUGGAGAUUAAAAAGCAGAUCUUUUAAACUUUGAUCCUCUUACUGAAAUAUGGCGGAAAGUCAGAAAUUGGAAAGUUUGGCAUUAGAUACCUCAGAUACAGCAACGGGAAGAAUAGCAGAGCAUAUUGAAAUACACGGCUCAACCGUCCAUCUGGGAGAUAUUUAUAAUAUAAAUAAACCAUCCAGUUCAACUGAUAACAAUGAUCCAGAAUCUUUUCAGAUACAGAGAGAAUGCUUAAUGAAAUAUUACAAUACUGAAAAUGCUUAUAUGAAAUCUUUGUUGUGGAGUGAAGGAAGCAAAGACUUUCCCUUAAAAGACUACUUCAUCGAACUUACAGUUAAGGAAGCAGAUUUAUUAGGGAAAAAGGAAGGAGAAACUAUUCAGUUCACACAGAUUUUUCCAGAAUCAACGGACAAACAUGUUGUAAUGUUAGUCACUGGUGAUCCCGGUUAUGGAAAAACUACGUUUUGUAAUAAAAUAGCAUAUGAUUGGGGUACCGAUACAUCCGGUACCGACUACUUAGGACAUUAUGAUUUUACUAUCGUCAUUAUUUUGCGAGAAUUAGAGAAGAAAAGUAUAACAGACGAGAUUCUGCAAAGAAUUUGUGAAAAUACAGAUUCCAGUCUUAAAAAGACGUUAAGAGAAAAAGGAUUUAAUUUAUUAAUCAUUCUGGAUGGAUUCGACGAAACAGAUAAUAAAGAUUCAAUUAUACAAUUUAUUAAAAAAGAUUCAGUCGAUAUUUCUAAAUUAAUGACAAUUCUUGUUACUUGUCGUCCUCACGCUGCCGAAAAUAUAAGAAAAUACGCACAUAUGAGAUUCGUUAUUCGAGGAUUUUCACAACAACAGAAAGAAAGGUAUAUUAAAUUAGUUAUUAACGAUGAUAACGGCAGACGGGAUGAACUUAUAAACUUGAUAAAAUUCAGCAAUUUUCAUUCUGCCUUAGCUGAAUGUCCGUUAAUGUUGCAUAUGUUAUGCUGUCUACCACAAACGAAAUACUUUCACAAAAUACAAACUAAAACAGAUUUGUUCAUUCAAAUUUUUCGUCUGGUGAUAAAAAGAUAUAUGAGAAAAAUGGGAGAAAAACAUCAUUUAAAAAAAGGAAAGUUUUUCUAUGGAGAAAACUUACUGGUUAAAUUAGGAGAAAUACAUUUGGACAAAAGAUCCAAAAUGAGUAAAAUAGAUAAGCCCAUAUCAAUGUACGAGAUUCACAAAUUGCUAACGUUAACAGAUAAACAGUUAAAGAAAAAGUUUCCGGAAGAAGAAGACUUUCAAUUUAUAUUGGGACUAGACAUUUUUGCAAAGUAUUUUGAGGUAAAUGGAAUUAGUUGUUUCGAUUUUCUACAUAGAAGCUUUUUCGACUUUAUCAUCGCUCUUUGUUAUUACCAUUCAAAACAUAUCCCUCUAGAUUGUGCGAAAGAUUUUAUAAUUUUAACGUUUCUCUGCGGUCUUUGUGGAGAUGAAGAAUUUUCAAGUAAUUUCAUAUACGCUAUUCGACAGAAUGUUUAUCAUCCUACAUGUUUGCUCGAAUGUGUUAAUGAAAUUAAAAAUAUAACCAACAAACAAUUAUUCUGUUCAAAUGCUAAAGUAUAUUUUGAUUUUACCUAUUUAAAAAUGAUGACAAUUAUAUUAGAGCUACCUUACUUUCGACUUUCUCAAAUUUAUUUUCAUUUUCCCGACGCAAAACAUUUGUAUGAAAAAAUUACAAAACAACUAAUAGACUUACAAAAGAUUUACAAAGAAUCUGAUAAAUUGGAGAUAUUUUUACUUUUGGAUAAAAGUAUUAAAUUCGUGAAUGAAGGAAAUAGCUUUAAAAAUGAACCUUGUUUAGAAAAGAUUUGUGAUAUUCGUCAAUCCGUUAUUCUCAUUCAAAAGUUAAUAAAUAGUUUCAAAUGGGAUAAAUUUAAAAUUUGUUUUAGUGGUGUAUUUGCCCUUAGACGUAUUAAUCCUAUUCUUCAUUACAGCAUGUAUAAUUUUUUCAAAGACGUCGAGAAUCCUACAGUAAUUCCAAAAGAUCUUAAUCUAAAAUUGCAUAAAAGAAGUAAAAGUCUUGUUGCUCUCCUUACCAAAGAUGAAUUCAUUGGAGAAGUUAAAUACUUGAUUUCUAAUGAACAAUAUUUAAAUCUAAAAGAUAAUAUCAAGCUAUCGUCUGAUGAUAAAUGAGCAGUAUAUUGCAAUUUUGCAUAAACUAUAUUUGAAUUUUUAAUAUAAUCAUUGUGAUAUUCAGAAUGUGAUAUAAUGACUUUUUCUGAUUAAUUUAUGAUCAAUGCUUUGUAUAAUAACAAUUGAAUAUUUUCUACAAUUAAAAUAAUGUGCUAUAAUUACUUUUAUAAUAACAAAAACAACGAAUAAAUGAAAUUUUUAUCUAGUCACUUCUUAAAGUAAUAUAAGCUCAAAUGCAUAUUACAGUGAAUUUAAAAGAAAUUUAUUAGGUACUGUUAACUCUUAUAAAUAAUUUUAUGAAUUUAUUUGUACGUAAUGUCUGGCUUUAUUGAUUUAUCAAAAAUUUAUGUUAUUUUUUAAUACUUUGUGAGA